CUUGCUUGGGCGGGGGUUCCCAUGGCAGCGGAGGGCAUCGUGUUUGCGUGCGGGCGCCCUUGAGUGCCUGGGGACGGCUGCCUUGGGUGCUACCCACGGGAGAUGGCAGUGCCCUCUGAGCCAGGUGACUAGGGGGACAGGAAGUCCAGGGUCUGGUUAAUGAUUUGCCUUGUUCCUGGAGUGGAGGCGGGACAGGAGGAGGUUGGUGAAGUUGAGGAAGCCUCAAAGAGCUCUCCAGGGCCAGACUAGUUCCUUGGCCACUCCAGGAAUGUGUCCUGUGGGUGGGGCUGGGCGCACAGGGCAGGGCUGGCGGUGGGGGGCCGCAGGCAAGAGGAGGGCAGGGUUGUGGUGGGGCCAGGCAGGGCCUGACCCUGUGGCCUGUACCUUCCCCACAGGACAGGGAUGCUCUUGGCGCUGGCAGCCAUGGAGCUGAAGGUAUGGGUGGAUGGCAUCCAGCGGGUGGUCUGUGGGGUCUCAGAGCAGACCACCUGCCAGGAAGUGGUCAUCGCACUAGCCCAAGCAAUAGGCCAGACAGGCCGCUUUGUGCUCGUGCAGCGUCUUAGAGAGAAGGAACGGCAGCUGCUACCUCAGGAGUGUCCCGUGGGUGCCCAGGCCACCUGUGGACAGUUUGCCAGUGAUGUCCAGUAUGUCCUGAGGCGGACAGGACCCAGCUUAGCUGGGAGGCCCUCUUCAGACAGCUGCCCACCCCCAGAACGGUGUCCAGUCCGUGCCAGCCUCCCCUCAAAGCCACGGGCAGCAACAGGUCGUGAGCCCCACAAAGCACUGACAUUCAGCCUGGGCUGCCCUGGGCUGGCCCCAAGUCCCUUGCCCUCUGAGCCUCUGGCCCUUGUAGCACCCACACCAAGCUGCCACACAGCCUUGCAGGGCCUGGAGCUUAGGGUGCAGAGGAAUGCUGAGUUGCUGGGUCAGGAGGCCUUCUGGGAACAGGAGCUGCGACGGGAGCAAGCCCGGGAACAAGAGGGGCAGGCACGCCUGCAGGCACUGAGUGCAGCCACCGCGGAACACGCUGCCCGGCUGCAAGCCCUGGAUGCCCAGGCCCAUGCGCUGGAGGCUGAGCUCUGGCUGGCUGCAGAGGCCCCCGGACCCCCUUCACCCACAGCAUCUGCUGCUGAGCGCCUGCGCCAGGACCUAGCCAUGCAGGAGAAGCAGAGCGCAGAGGUGCAGGGCAGCCUGGCACUGGUGAGCCGGGCCCUGGAGGCCGCAGAGCGUGCCCUGCAGGCCCAGGCUCAGGAGCUGGAGGAGCUGAACCGGGAACUCCGUCAGUGUAACCUGCAGCAGUUCAUCCAGCAGACAGGGGCUGCACUACCGCCACCCCCACGGCCAGACAGGACUCCCCUUGACACGCAGGACCUCUUGCCUUCAGCCAGAGAGGAGCCCCUCCCAGGAGCCCCACGGAGUCCUAUCCUAGUAUCCAGCAUGAGCCCUGAAGUUGCUCCCAUGAGGCAGAAUUCCUGGAGGUAGCAGCUCCUGCCCCAGUGUGGUGUCCACUGGCAGUACACCCCCAGGCUCUGAUCACAAACCAGCGAGGGCGAGAGAGGAGCUGACGUGGACGACAGCAGAGUUGGUCUCAAACGAUUCCUUCCUCCAUGCAGUGGGGAGAAACCCUGGUACUCUGGGUUUCUGCUCAAAGGGUCUGGAGGGUGCUGGGAAGGGUUUGCCCUCGUCCUUGCCAAGUUGCCAAGCCUUCUUGAAGAAGCAUGGGACACGGCCGGAUUAGAAUUUACCAGACCCCAAAGGCCACAACUCCUCGUUGGGGGCAGAUGUGUAGAAAAGGUGUUCAACCUAUGGGUACGUGCUUGCCUGUGGGAAGAGCCCUUCAGCCCUUCACCCUGUGUGUGUGUGUGUGUGUGUGUGUGUGUGUGUAUAGGGCAAGAAUGUAUGUGCCAUCUCCCCUACUCCAACACUAAAACCUCAAUAAAUUGUCCAAAGUGG